AUGGGAACUUAUACUACAUCAGACACUGGCGAUAUAUUGGUGAUCAUAUUCCUGUCACUUCGAAUUGCAGGCCUCUUUGUUAUAUUUAUACUUAAUGCCACACAGACUAUAUUGGAGUAUCGUUACCUUCGUUCCUGCAACCGUCCAAUCAGUCCACGUCUUUGCACCUUCUUCUCCAUCACAUUUUUCCCAUUCUUCAGAGCAACCGAGCAACUUUGUUACCUAUUAGCAUAUCCAAGGUUUCAACCUGGUUCAUUGGCGUACUUCUUCUCGCUUUAUGGCACAUACUUUAUCUUUACCGAGUGGAUCUUCAUCGGUUGUUUCUGGACACAGCUGCUCUACACGUUCUUUGUGUCCAAUUCCAUCAUCCUAAAGAACACCACCCGUGCCUGGUACUCAGCGUGGAUCCUGGCGUCGCUGUUCAUGCUGUACACCGUGAUCACCAGUAUCCUGAGUUGGAUCGUGCCCGAUAAGAUCGCCCCAUGGGUCAGCUACGGAAAUAUUACCUGGAUCGUCAUCUAUGGCCUGGCCAUCAUGGUCAACGGCUUUGUCCUGAUCAAAUUCCUCAAGCAGCAGGAGAAGCGCAUUCCCAAGCUGCAGCUGACCAUCAACAACACCGUGCGUCUGUCGUCCACGCUGGCCAUCCUGUACAUCUCGAUCAUUGCCAUCAUCGUCGGCUUCAACCUGUCCAAGAUCCCCGAGUGGUCCGACUACUACUACUUCCAAAAGUUCUUCAUCACGCUGGUCGA